AUGAGUGAUAUUGCAAGCGAUUUUGAAACUGUACCAGAACCAUACAAGAUUAAGGUAGUAGAACCAAUUAAAUUAAUUGCAAGACAGGAGAGAGAAGUUGCCAUUAAGGAAGCUGGCCUCAAUCAAUUCUUAUUAAAAUCUGAUGAUGUUUUCAUUGACUUAUUAACGGACAGUGGUACAGGUGCAAUGAGUCAAAACCAGUGGGCUGGGAUGAUGCUUGGUGAUGAAUCAUACACUGGAAGCCGUAAUUAUUAUAAUCUCCAAAAGAGUGUGGAAGAUAUCUUGGGAUUUAAAUACUAUUGUCCAACCCAUCAAGGAAGAGGUGCUGAAAAUAUCUUGUUUGGUAUCAUCAUUAAGAAGGGUCAAUAUAUUCUCGGAAAUUAUCACUUUGAUACUACAAAGGCACAUAUUGAAUUGAAUUCUGGUUUGGCUGUCAAUUUAAUUCAUGAAAGAGCUUAUAACACAUCUGUUGAACAUCCAUUUAAGGGAAAUAUUGAUCUUGAAAAGUUGGAACACUUUAUUGUGGAAAAGACUCCAGAAAAGAUUGCAUUCUUGUUAAUGACCAUCACUUGUAAUAGUGUUGGUGGUCAACCUGUUUCAAUGGAAAAUCUUCGUGGUGCCUAUCAAGUUGCAAAGAAGUAUAAUUUACCAAUCUUUAUUGAUGCUGCUCGUUUUGCAGAGAAUGCUUACUUUAUUAAGAAGAGAGAAGCAGAAAUGUUCUCAUACAGUGAUGGUUGUACAAUGAGUGCCAAGAAGGAUGGUCUUGUCAAUAUUGGUGGUAUGAUUGGUAUUAAGGAGGAUGAAGAAUUAUUCAAAAAGGUUAAACAAAGAUGUGUUCCAAUGGAAGGUUUCCCAACUUAUGGUGGUUUGGCUGGCAGAGAUAUGGAAGCUUUGGCAAUUGGUAUGAGAGAAGUUGUAGAUGAAGCUUAUUUGGCUUCUCGUAUCGAUCAAGUUGAAUAUUUGGGAAGAAAGUUGAAAGAAGCUGGCAUUCCUAUUCAACAACCGUUGGGAGGUCAUGCAGUUUUCAUCAAUGCUAAAGAAUUCUUGCCUCACAUUCCUCAAACUCAAUAUCCAGCUCAAGCUCUCUGUGUGGAAUUGUAUCUUGAGGGUGGUGUUAGAGCUGUUGAAGUGGGAACUUUAUUGGCAGGUAGAGAUCCAGAAACUGGUUUGGAAAUUUUACCUGAACUCGAUCUUUUACGUUUGACAAUACCAAGAAGAGUUUAUACAAAUAAUCACAUGGAUUGGGUUGCCACUUGCUUGAAGAGAAUUGCUGCCAGAAAGGACAGGAUUAGAGGGUUGAAGAUUGUUGAAGAACCACCAAUUUUACGUCACUUUAUGGCAAGAUUUGAUUGGGCAGAAUAA